AAAUAAAUUAGUUUUCGUAUCCGAUUGAAGCUAUUCCCGGGGCACUGCUCGCUCUGCCCAGUCGAACUCGUAUCCGGCCCUUCCUUAUCCCGCUCGCUCUGAGGGACAGGCCGCGCCACGCGAAACACGUCCGAGACUAACGCAAAAAAAAAAAAAUGGCUAGAUAUAAGCAGCACCCACGCGCAGAUGCGGCACCGAGCGCGAGCGAACUGUGGCUAAAAGUCACGCCGUCGGUCGCGGGCGUACUGGCGUGCGUCGGCUUGGCGGCCCUAACGAGCUCGGUGUGGCUGGUAAAAAAGUACUCAGGCGACAUCUUUGGUGCGGCGUCCAGUAAAAACAGCGAAAAGGACGCAGAGAAAAGCAGCAGGCGAAUCAAAAUCACCGCGAACGACGAACUGGACUUCGGAGAAGUGACCGUCUUGUCUCGACUCCUUUUGCUGUUGAAGCGCGACAACAUCAAUCUUGACUCGGCCUGGUUUGAAAAGGCUCGGAGCGUCUUCUUGAUGGUCCCAACUAUCGACUCGAUCCUCCCGGAGCACCAGCUGGCUCUGAUGGAUCAGGGAUCCAGGAUCGUUUCGUCCGCACUUGCCCUGGCGGAGGAGUGUCCCCCGAGGGAGAAGCGCUACACGGUGGCCUUCUUGCAUUUCGUCCUCGCCUAUUUUCGCAGCAGAUUCGACAAGGUCGUAGUCGACAGCGACUUCAGCGUGCUGUGCUACAUAAUCGUGGCGCAGGAGAUUUCGUCCUCCAACGCAGCUUCGUCCGAUGACGACCUCUCUCGCGAAACCCUCGCGCAUAUCAUCGCUCUCGUCCUGCGCACGUGCCGAACCAACUGCAAGCACCUCACCUCGGACAAGGUGCUGGAAAUCGGAAAAAUGGGCCUGAACAUUCUCUUGUCGACCAAAAGCAACAACAACAACAACCUGGAUGGCGAACACAAAAUACUCGUGUUCAUCACCUUCCUAGCCCAGGCACUCAUGUUCCUACAAAACUUCGAAAAAGCCGUUUCCGUCAUGCACGGCACCAUUCAAACGCUUCUGUCCAAAGUAAAACCCAGCGAUGUAGCUCUGUGCCACCAAAUCGUCGACUCCUUCAUCGUUCACGCAAAAUGCCUCCUCGAACUGAACAAAAAAGACGACGCCUCUCUCGAACUCAAGAAACUCUUCGAGUUCUGCGACCAACACAUGGCCGUCAAAGAACCCCGUACCCUGCACAAGCUCAUCAACCGCUGGCGAAAAAACCUCUCUUCCAAGAAAAACGGAUACCUCUUCUCCCAACUCACCGAAUACCUUCUCAGCACCAUUUCUCGUAGCAGCUCCAACCUCUUCACUUCAGAAGAACAACUUCAGCUAAAGCUCCUCUUGUCUAUCCACAAACAGCACGACCACCAAUAUGACCUCUGCGCCAAAAUCCUCGACGAAAUCACUCCCCUCCUGUACGACCUGGACAUCAACUCCGCCGGACGCACCCUCGGCAUCUAUCAACUCUUCGUCACCAGAGUCUGGAACCUCCUGUCCCGCGCGAACUCUCUCCAACCAGGCCCAGAACAAGACCGACUGGUAAAGGACGCCUGGACCGUCCUUCACAGCGCCCUCAACAUCUGUCCCUCUUCCAACGAGUGCGAGCUCCUAACCAUCACCAAACUCUUCUCUAUCGCCAAGUUGCUGCCCAACGACGAACAAGUUCAAAGAGAAAUCAAAAGCCUGGAAAAAGAUCCAGCUCUUCAGUCCAUCAAUUCCGACAGCUCCCUCAUCGAGUGGACCAAAGAAAUUCCAGACGAACUCACUACACCCUACUGGGCACUAGUCUUCUAACGCCCGCUCCACGCUCUCAGCGCAUUUUGUCUAACGCCUCCAAUGUCGCGCCCCCCCCUCCUCCAGCGCGCUUCACGCCCUCCGGUCGUCUCCACCCCCUUCAACACUCGCGGCCAAAAAAACUAAAAAUAAAAAACUGCGCCACACACGAAUGCGUGUCCUUGCGAAUUUUUCCAUAAGGCUCGACCCUUCGGCAACCCGCAUGCCACUCAUCUGCUCUUACUGCCUCCAUCGCGGCGCUGUCAUCAAGCGCCCAAAGAGCGGCGCCUUGGCGUGCAAGGCCUGUUUCUUCGAACAGCUAGAACUGGAAGUUCACCAGCUCAUCGUCGAAGAGAAACUGUUUUCUCCCGGAGAGAAAAUAGCCAUCGCCGCCUCCGGAGGGAAAGGUACACAAACCUCUUCCGCAAACCCCUGACUUGACGACCCCACUCCUUAUCGAGAGGGGAACAUCGCACUUACGCCUCUUCCUGUCCAGAUUCCACCGUCCUCAUUCACAUCCUAAACCUGCUAAACCAAAGACACCAGUAUCAACUGAACUUGGUGAUGCUAUCCAUCGACGAAGGAAUCACUGGCUAUCGAGACGAUUCUCUUAAGGGAGGUAUUUUUUUUUUUUGUACCGCUCGAAUUUGCUUCUUAACCCUUUUUUCAGACGGUCAAACGAAACCAGCAGCAAUAUCAAAUCCCGCUCGAAGUGCUGAGCUACGAACAGCUGUAUGGCUGGACAAUGGACAAAAUCGUCGCCGAGAUCGGCACCAAGAACAACUGCACCUUCUGCGGUGUCUUUCGUCGCCAGGCGCUCGACAGAGGCGCGCAAUACAUUCGCGCCGACAAAAUCGCCACUGGACACAACGCCGAUGAUAUAGCCGAGACGCUCGUUAUGAACUUGCUGCGCGGGGACGCGGCAAGACUCGCGCGCUGUACGACCGCGACGACAGGUUCCGAGGGGAGCCUUCCGCGCUGCAAGCCUUUCAAGUAUGUCUACCAAAAGGAAAUUGUCAUGUACGCGCAUUUCAAAAAACUAGAUUAUUUUUCGACUGAGUGUUCGUACGCGUCGAGCGCGUACAGGGGUUUUGUACGCGAGUUUUUGAAAAAUCUGGAAAAGGCCCACGCGCGCUCCAUACUAGACAUCAUCCGCACUGGAGACGACCUGAACGAGGCGGAGGGUCUCGAUGACGAGGGCGCCCCUCAUGUUGGGAGGAGGCAAGUUCAAGGACAGUGCGCGAGAUGUGGAUACAUGUCAAGCAACGUGUUUUGCAAGGCAUGCGUUCUGCUUGCGGGACUCAACAGAGGGAGGGGAAGGUUGGCCAUUGGGGCAGGGUCCAAAGAAAUCGUAAAACAGAUGGCCUCGCAAACCGCAGAGACGAGCUAAAACGCUCGCUUAUCGUGCGCGCGAUUUACACGUGAAAUGCGGACAAGGUGCCUAAAAGAAACCACUCGGACCCCUCUAUGCAAUGCCGAGAGACCGAUGAGCGUCUUGUCGGUGGCGCACAGUGCGCUUUCGCGGAUAGACGGCGACAGAGUUCGCUGGUUUUUCAGAGUGGUGAAAAUUUGACAGGAAGAAAGGGGACGCAUCUGGGAGUUGCGUGCACAGUUCGGAGACACGGAAGACUGGCCUCGGCGUGCGCGCUGAUGAAGACCUGGUCAGAGCGAAGAGCCGCGCGGGGGGCGCCCGUGAAGCGCGCUUGUCGGCCGCUUUCAGAGCUCUGCUGCGCCUUCCACCGUCCGAGUUCGGAUCGCGACGCGCUUUGCGUGCGGGGACCAUUUUAGCAAAAAAUAAUAAACGUGCGUCGAACUCGUUUUUGGUGGCGGCGCAGAGGUCGGGGGGACUCUUGCGUCCAAUCGAGCGGGGGGCGCGAGUGCAUUCGCGCCGGGUGACGGGGGGCCGCGAG